AUGUGGACACCAGCCGUCAUCAUAUCCCGUGGGAAAUUUGACGAGGAUGGAAUCCCUGUGUAUGAUAUCCGAGUUCAUGGGAGCCGGCAGACGCGCAGCCUGGUCCCGAUGACCUUGCUGCGGCCGGAGCUCCUUCCACGGGAGCCUAUCAGUUUCUAUUCCAACACGACUUGCGCGUGGGAACAUGGGGAGAUCGAAGGCAUUGUGGGCGCCCACAUGCUCGGCUAUUCCGUGCUUCUCCCCAAGGAGCAAACUCAGACCAUGCCUGCACGACUCAGGUGGGAAUCUGCUUGA